AAAAUGUCCAACCAGGUCGAGCACCCAGCCGGAGGGUACAAGAAACUCUUUGAAACGGUGGAAGAACUGUCCUCUCCGCUGACUGCUCACGUCACAGGCAGAAUCCCCGUUUGGCUGAGCGGCAGCCUCUUGCGCUGUGGGCCGGGCCUGUUUGAAGUGGGCUCUGAGCCAUUCUACCAUCUGUUUGACGGGCAAGCCCUCCUCCAUAAGUUUGACUUUAAAGAGGGGCACGUCACCUACCAUAGAAGAUUCAUCCGGACUGACGCGUAUGUGAGAGCGAUGACCGAAAAGAGGAUCGUUAUCACCGAGUUUGGCACCUGUGCUUUCCCCGAUCCUUGCAAGAACAUAUUUUCCAGGUUUUUUUCUUAUUUCCGCGGAGUGGAGGUGACAGACAACGCCCUAGUGAAUAUCUAUCCGGUAGGAGAAGAUUACUACGCCUGCACGGAGACCAACUUUAUCACAAAAGUUAACCCGGAGACUCUGGAGACAAUUAAGCAGGUGGAUCUCUGUAAUUAUAUUUCAAUCAAUGGAAUGACAGCUCAUCCCCACAUAGAAAAUGACGGAACCGUCUACAACAUAGGCAAUUGUUUUGGAAAGAAUUUUGCCAUUGCUUAUAACAUCGUGAAGAUCCCUCCGCUCCAAGCAGACAAGGAAGAUCCAAUAAACAAGUCAGAGGUGGUUGUACAAUUUCCCUGCAGCGACCGAUUCAAGCCAUCUUACGUUCACAGCUUUGGUUUGACUCCGAAUUACAUCGUUUUCGUGGAGACGCCGAUCAAAAUCAACCUGUUCAAGUUCCUUUCGUCCUGGAGUCUCUGGGGUGCCAACUAUAUGGAUUGCUUUGAGUCCAACGAGACCAUGGGGGUCUGGCUCCACGUGGCGGACAAAAAACAAGGCAAGUGCCUCAACCAUAAGUACAGGACGUCGUCUUUUAACCUCUUCCAUCACAUCAACACCUAUGAAGACAACGGAUUCCUCAUCGUGGACCUGUGCUGCUGGAAAGGGUUUGAGUUCGUCUACAAUUAUUUGUACUUAGCCAAUUUACGGGAGAACUGGGAAGAGGUGAAGAGAAACGCCAAAAAGGCUCCCCAGCCCGAAGUGAGGCGAUACGUCCUCCCCUUGAAUAUCACCAAGGCCGACACGGGCAAGAACCUCGUCAGCCUCCCCCACACCACAGCCGCGGCCAUCCUGUGCAGCGACGAGACCAUCUGGCUGGAGCCAGAAGUGCUCUUCUCUGGCCCCCGACAAGCCUUUGAGUUUCCUCAAAUCAACUACCAGAAAUACGGCGGGAAACCUUACACGUACACCUACGGGCUCGGCCUGAAUCACUUUGUCCCGGACAGGCUCUGUAAACUAAACGUCAAAACAAAAGCCACUUGGGUGUGGCAGGAGCCCGACUCUUACCCGUCAGAGCCCAUCUUCGUUUCUCACCCGGAUGCUCUUGAAGAAGACGAUGGAGUGGUCCUGAGCGUGGUGGUGAACCCCGGCCCGGGCCAGAAGCCUGCUUACCUGCUCAUCCUCAAUGCCAAAGACAUGAGCGAAGUGGCCCGGGCGGAGGUGGAGAUUAACAUUCCCGUUACCUUCCACGGCCUCUUCAGGAAGUCGUGACCGCUCGCCUUCCAGUUACGUGUUUCCUUCAUAGAGCUCUGAGUCUGGGGAGACACCCAUGCAACCAUAUCCUUCCCCACACUCAGAAAAGCUAGGGUCCACGCGUCGGGGGCCGGAACGGGAAGAAAACACCUGGAAACCACCUUAAGCUCUGGAGCAGGUGGAAGAUGAGAUGCAAGUGGCUAUCAAUCAAUCGUUGUAUUUACUGGGAAGCAGCAAGGCCUAGCGGAUGGCGCACAGGCCUAGGAGU